AUGGAGUGGUUGAUGGGCAAGGCUCGGGGCGUCAGUCGUGGACUGAUAAGUGGUUCAGUGUCAUAUCCGAACUCUGCCACUGCUGUCAUCUCAACUACCACCACACCGACUCCCUCCGAUGUACAUUCUCCCUCUUCGCCUUCCCCGCCCUCACCACCUCCUUACCUCAAACCCUCUUUCCUGCGUCAGCAACUCUCCCUUGCCGCCGCCGGUAACACUCCUGUUGAUUUUCCUUUCCUUGUGGAGCCCGAGCAUCCUUUGGAAGAGGAUGAAUGGAUAGCUGUCCACACAAUUGGUUUAGUUGAGAACCUCUGUAGCAUUUUUGACCCCCUCUACGAGGUUUGUCUGUGUCGUGGAGGUGGGAAUAAUAGCCCCUCUAAAGCUGUCGACGAUGCAAGUUUCGCCGAUUUUUUUACACAAACGAAGAAACCCGUGCGCCAGGUGAUCAGUCUUAUACUUUCUGAGUGUAAUGAUGCGAUACAAUCGGCUCGAAUAUUUCCCGUUAGACAAGGCCAGGCCUUUUCACCCUCCGCUUUGCGCGAAGAGGCUGCUCGCAUUUGCCGCAAAUUGCUUCUCUGCUUGGUGCACAUAUACACUGCUCACGUGAGUCACUUGGAGCAGUUGGAUCUAGUGGCUCACAUGAAUACCAUUGCGAAGCAUUUCUUUGCAUUCACCUCACGAUUCAAUUUGAUUGAUGAAGAUGACAACAGGGCAUUGGCUGCUCUUCAGGGCUUUCAUCGGCGCUUGUUGGAAACACCUGCACCUAAUGUGGUUAUUCCGGUGAAUUUGGUGCCACUAACGUCGACGGCGGCAGUAACUUCCGAUACUAGUGCGGCCCCUCCAUCCCCGAUGUCCUCCAUUGCUCCUGUGCCAUCUAUUUUACCGGUUGUCAUGACCGCUUCAAUGCAAGAGCAGGCUGCCAGUCACUAA